AUGACCAGAAUCGCUCAUCGUCUCCAACAGCUCUCAUGGCCCAAGCCUCUCGUCGAGUUCUGUAACAAGGCCAUGAUCUUGCACCAGAUCGAGGCCCUGGUCAAGGCCGGCGUCACGGAUGUCGUCCUUGCUGUCAACUACCGACCCGAGGUCAUGGUAGCUGUCCUCAAGAAGACUGAGGAGGAGUUUGGUAUCAACAUCCACUUCAGUGUGGAGACUGAGCCUCUCGGCACUGCUGGUCCUCUUGCUCUUGCCAAGGAGAUCUUGGGCAAGGAUGACUCUCCCUUCUUUGUCCUCAACUCGGAUGUCACUUGUACCUACCCCUUUGAGGCCUUCCGAGACUUCCACCUUGCCCACAAGUGUGAAGGCUCGAUCAUGGUGACCAAGGUUGCGGAGCCCUCAGCUUACGGUGUCGUUGUCACCAAGCCCAACUCUACUGUCAUUGACCGAUUCGUCGAGAAGCCUGUCGAGUUUGUUGGCAACAGGAUCAACGCUGGUAUCUACAUGUUCAACCCCAGCGUCUUGGACCGUAUUGAGCUCCGGCCCACCUCCAUCGAGAAGGAGGUCUUCCCCGCCAUCGCUGGUGACCACCAGCUCCACUCCUUUGACCUCCAAGGUUUCUGGAUGGACGUCGGACAACCAAAGGACUUCCUUGCGGGUACCUGCCUCUAUCUUUCUCACUUGACCAGCCAACAUUCCAAGCUUUUGACCGACCCUGCUCAGAACAAGUGGGUGUACGGUGGAAACGUCUUGGUUGACCCUUCGGCGGAGAUUGACCCCACAGCCGUCAUCGGCCCCAACGUCGUUAUCGGUCCCGACGCCAAGAUUGGCCCCGGUGUCCGUCUCCAGCGAUGUGUCAUCAUGUCUAACGCUACCGUCCGAGACCACACCUGGAUUGCCAACUCUAUCAUCGGAUGGAACAGCACGGUCGGCAGGUGGAACAGGGUUGAGAACAUUACUGUUCUUGGUGACGACGUGACGAUAAAGGAUGAACUGUAUGUGAACGGCGCUUCUGUCUUGCCCCACAAGAGCGUGAGUGUACUUGCAUUGGAUGUGCAGGCAUAG